UACAGCAGCAGCCCGAGCGCGCCGGCGCGGUCGCGCACCAGCGGCAGCGACUACGCCUCGUCCACCGAGGGCCUGCUCGAGGGCCAGGACCUGAGCUUCUUCAGCGUCGUCAUGGCGCCGCGCCGCGCGCUGAGGGUCGUCAACGGCCUCGAGGACGGGGAGAGGGAGCAUGUGAACGAGGAGAGCUGA